AUGGUUGGCGUCGCUGGAAAAUCUAAAGGCUGCAAAACCUGCAGGCAGCGGAAGAUUGCUUGUGGUCUGCAACGCCCGCAAUGUGCACAAUGUAUAAAGUCUAAUAGGAUAUGUCUUGGAUAUGACCGCGAUGUACAAUUUAUUCCAAUGCAGGCGAAACUGACGGAGAAGAAACUUGUUGUGACAAGCUCCUUUGGGGAGAUACGACGGAGCUCAGCACCUAUUCACAAGAAAGGCCAAUUACCGAAUUCAACAUCAUCAACAACCUCAAAGAGUUUGGAAAGUGGACACUCCAACAAGAAUGGAUAUUGUCCGGUUGAAGAACAGCCAAAACAUGCCAUAUUGAAUCCUAUAUUGGAUGGAAUUUGCGCCUCAGCAAACCGGCAACAACUCCUUAAUGCUUUUAUUUCUAUCUGUAUUCCACGAGAUACAGAGGUAGCAGGGUCAUCUUCACCGAGAAAUGGUGGACCAUGGCUGCUGUUAUUGCGGGAACUUUCGAUACGCACCGUAGCACUGGAGGCAUCGAUUUCGGCAAUAUCCGCUUCCGUCUUGGGACGUUUGCAAAACAAUUACAGCCUAAUCAAAGAAAGUCUAAAACUAUAUACGAUUGGUCUGCGAGAGCUGCAAAAGGCCCUUUGGAAUCCGCGGCUAAUGUAUAACGACGAAAUACUAGCAGCAUGCCUUUGCCUCAGCUUGUAUGAGGUUUUAGAGUGUCCUGGGGAGGGUAAUCAAGCGUAUUAUAACCACUGUAAGGGGUGCAUGAGGCUUGUCGCAGCACGCGGGGUGGAACGACAUGUUUCAGGAAUAGGGCACGAGUUGUUUCUCGGUCUUCGCUCUCAGGGAAUACUCCUUAGCAUAGUAACCCGCCAGCCAAGCUUUCUUUCUACAUCCCUUUGGAUGGAAGACCCUUGGAAAGAACAGCCCAAGCGCCCAUUGGACCGACUGAUGGAUUGUUUAUGCGAAGCGCCGGCAAUAUAUAAGACUGGUGAUCAAGUGGAAACUCUCACGCCCCUAGAAAGCCUAGAAUUUCACCUCGAUAGUAUUUCGAAGUUGUGGAAGAUAGACGCUACCCUUGAAGGUGUCUAUGACGACUUUGCAAAAGAAUUUCCCUGCCCGAUGUAUUGGUCCGUUUUGUCAACCGAGCCCAGUUCAGCCGAUGAUCCGAUUCUUGGAAAGGUUUUCCCUGUUGCCUAUGACUUCCCUUAUCUGAAGGUCGCGCGCUCGCUUAUGAUGUACUGGUCCUGCAGGUUUUUAGUAUGGGCGGGGUUCUUCUAUUUAUAUCAUGGGGUAAUGGAGAUUGAUAUUGAUGCGAUGGAUGCGCAUUGCUCAAAUUAUCCUGAUUGCGCCCUGUUUGACGAUGGCAUGUGCCAUUGCCGACACCUUGUUGUGCAGCAAUCUGGUCACUAUAGGUACGACAAAUCGCACCUGAAGCCACUGGAAUUUCGACUCGAUCUCAAGUCGCUGGUGUAUAAUGUCUGCCAGUCUGUGGAGUACUGCAUGAAGAGCAGUGUUCCUAUCUUUGGUGUAUGGUCUGUCACCACACCACUAUCCUUAGUAUACGAGACAGUCAAGCAUAUUCCUGGGUUCAAGAGGGAAGUUGCAUGGAUGGAGGCAGCUCUUCGGAAGCUGCAAGCCAGUGGGGUACGGAUCAUCGACUAUAGCACGAGUAUCAACAAUCCACUGUAG